AUGAACCUGGAGCAGGGGACAGGCAUUGAGAAACAGCUGGGCAAUCUGAACAGCCAGCAGUGGGCCUGGGUGCUCAGCAUUUUCUACUACCCGUACAUGUUCGCCGAGCCACUGGCAACGCUGGCACUCAAGCGUUUCGGUCCGAAUGUGUGGAUGAGUCGCAUCAUGGUCUCUUGGGGUAUUGUUUCGAUGUGCCAAGGUGCCACCCAGAACUAUGCCGGUAUCCUCACAACCCGCUUCUUCCUAGGGCUAUGUGAAGCUGGGUUCUACCCUGGUGUCCUCUACCACCUGAGCUUUUGGUACCCAACCAGCAGGCUUCCCCUAAGAAUUGGCGUCUUCUACGCAAGCGGCAUGUUCUCUGGAACUAUCAGUGGACUAUUGGCAUACGCAAUCUCCUACAUGAAUGGAAUCCGUGGUCUUGCCGGCUGGCGAUGGUUAUUUAUCCUCGAAGGCAUGCCAGCCAUUCUGUGCGGCAUCUAUACAUACUUCUUUCUCCCGAAUUACAUUGAUACGGCCAGAUUUCUCAAGCCCGAGGAAAAGGAGGCCCUCCGCGCAGAUUUGGCUGAGACUGCGCCGGACAUGAAGGCUAAAACAUGGAAUUUCGACCAGCUCAAAACGGCCUUCAAGGACCCCACGUUUAUUCCAUUUACUUUUAUCUGGAUCGGUCAUGGUAUCGGCGGCUUUGGUAUAACUUUUGUCUUGCCGACUGUUAUCUACCAGCUGGGUAUGACCGAUACGGCCAUCUCCCAGAUUAUGACAAUGCCACCCUAUACGUUCAACUUCAUCUUCCUCGUCACGAUUGCAUACUUUGUCCACAAAGGCCGUCUCAAUUCCUGGGUUGCUGCUCUUGGAAUUGAGGCAUUGCAAAUAAUAUGCUAUAUCCUACUGAUUACCGUGAGCGAUUCCGUGGCAAGGUAUAUCUUCGUUAUGAUUGCCACCGCCGCGUCUCAGAGUUUGUUUCCAAUUGUCUGGCCGGAGCGUAUUCGAGCUGCUCAUGGUACAACGGCAGCAGGUGUGGCCAUUGGGAUGACCAAUGGCGCGGCCCAACUGAUGGGUAUUGUGGGACCUCAAAUCUACCAAUCCAAGUUCGGGCCUUACUACCACGUCAGCUACGCCUGCUCUAUUGGCUUGCUAUGCUUCGCCUGCAUGGCAAUUGGUAGCUGCUGGUACUUUGUUGUUAGGAAUGAUCGUCGGUCACGCCAACAGGAAAUUUCAGAGACAGACGUAUCUGCGGUAUCUUCAGUCAAGACGGAGUUACGAGGGUACAGGGCUGACCUCGGAGAAUCCGAGGGCCAUUGA